CGACAAGGCAGGCAAUGGUAUAGUCGGCCCGGAGGAAUUUAACCCUGUGUCCAGAAUCACUGCGUCAGGGGCAUCUUCUUAGAGGGAUUCUUCAGAGCUCUUCAGGACUUCUUCAGAGAAGUGUCAAUGCCCCAAUGAGCUUAUCUAUCCACGAGGCUGACAGUGAAUGCUGGCUCCGUCCGCCAGGCAAAUUAGAGUAGCCGCUUACCGUUUGAACACGUCUAUCAUUGUCCAUGUCGGGGUCGUUGCUGAUCUGUCGGACGUUCCAGGUGAUGACGUUACCAGGACAUCGUGGCAGACGGCUGGGUGUCGGAAUGUCCCUCGCUCCGGACACUACUUUACAUACAGCAUUGAAAUAGGAUUGGCAGUCACUGAGAUCCUAGCUGUAGGAACGGUGGCACCAUGCUAACAGACCAUUAUAAGGACUUACUGAGAUCCAGCAUCAACGGAAUCCGAUUGCGGAAGAUGACAAUCUUCUCGUAAACACUCAGUCCCUGGAAAUAGCAGAUUGACUUGAAAGGUCACAUGAGGAUUGAUCUACGGUUGUCAGUAUUCAAUGUGUACAAAGUUUGGAUUAUUCCCUUCCAUCAACAACGAAAACAAGUGUCCGAGUUUCAUGACUUCCUUCAGUCGCUGGAUAAGGUGAAACAAAAUAGUACUUAUUAACCCGAAAUCAAAGUGAGAUCAAAAUAUAGUCCUAAAACGGAUACUUAAGGUUCAUAAUGUAAAAUAUGAAGCGUUCCGAAGACGUUGUACCACGUGUGAACAGGCAACAUAUUAGUCAUUGUACACUAUAAUAACGGUGGAAGGAAAUAUCGUCUAUACAUGCAUUACCAUUUAGGCUAUAGCAUGUCCUUGUCCUGUACGUGUAAGUCUAGGGAGACACUGUUUCCUUCGUUUUACGUAUUCAAACACUGUCAAGGCGAAGUCAUUGCAUGGUGGGGGAGGGCUGUUGACGAGUAACUGUAAACUUCCUGUAACCACCUCCACAAGUGAAGGCGGACUGGUUUCUCGUUGUGUGCUGGCUGGAGUAUUGAUCGGCCACUACUGCGCUAUAUACUUCCCCAUGCAUCGCUUCAGUGUAUUUUUCUUCUGAAUUGGACGAUGAACUUUUCCAGCCUCGUCUCGUCGGAGGGUCUCACUAGCCGUUUUAGCGACACCGUUUUGUCCGCCCAGACCAACGCUACCCCCCUUGUGGCCGGUGGGGUGGGGCCAGUGAUUCAUGACGUCGCCACGGAGAGCAUUACUGUGGGGAGGAUACUGACUGGAGUCACUCUGUUCUGUAUUAUACUUCUAACGAUCGCUGGAAAUGUGUUGGUGUUUGUGGCUGUGUCGUCUAACAAGAAGUUACGGACCGUCUCCAACUUUUUCAUCGUGUCGUUAAGCUUUGCGGACAUCCUGGUCGCGACGAUGGUGAUGGUGCCUGCUACAAUGAACGAAAUCUUUCAAAAAUGGAUACUUGGGAACGGCUUCUGUUCAAUAUGGGCGUCUUUUGACGUAAUGCUGUGCAGUGCGUCCAUCCUCAACGUGUGUCUGAUAAGUUUGGACAGAUACCUCGCUAUAAUGACACCACUUCGUUAUAACGCUCUCAUGACACAUUCAAGAGCUCUCCUUCUCCUGUCAUCAGCAUGGACAAUCGCCAUAUGCACAUCCUUCGUCCCCAUUCAAAACGGGUGGCACAACCCGGAUCUUCCAUCGUUAGAAAACUUGACAAUCUUUAGCGCUGAACCGCAGUGUAUCUUCAUUGUAAGCCUACCUUACGCCCUGACGGCCUCAACGGUAACCAUACUGCUUCCAAUCAUCAUCGCCUUCGUGUUGUAUUACCGAGUGUCCAAGGAGGCGAAGAGACAAGCAUUUUUUGUGGGAACUCUCAUAGCUCCGAGUCAUGUUCUUCUGGGCAAGGAUGUUUCCAACAAGUCCUUAAGAGAACCUUUCACCAGGAAGGCUACCGUGACCUUGGGGGUGAUAGUGGGAGCGUAUGUCGUCACGUGGGCACCCUUUCUUGUGUGUAACAUCACAGACGCUUUCUGCAGGUGCAUCCCCCCAAAGGUCUUCACGGGAUUUGUGUGGUUGGGGUACUGUAACAGCUUGAUAAACCCUAUUAUUUACCCGUUAUUCAUGCGAGACUUCAGGAAAGUGUACAUCAAGCUCCUCCAGGGAUGUUGUCCACGGUUAUCGUUUCUCAAGAAGGCCUCAAAAGCAACGAUGAGACAUUAAUUCAUAUCGGCCGUAACCAGGGUGAGCACGGAUCUACACUGCUCUGACAUUGAUGUGAAUGUAACUAUGACGAAAGGUCGCGUACACGCUACACUGUUCACAUCAUCGAACAUAUACCAGUAACACUGACGGUCAUGUCAGUAAUAUUGUGAUAACUCAACAGACGAUUGUGCUCAUAUUGGCGACCCUCGUCAAUAAACAAAUCAGAGUGUUCUGAACAUACCUCGGAGGCAUAGUACAUCUGUCCCGUGUCGCACAGGAAGUAUACCAUUUUUUACAUCAUAACAUGUUCAGUGUCACAAUUUGGUGUCUUGUGGUU